AUGCCGCCCAAGCGCGGUGCCCAGCCGCAAAAGCAGGCUUCGCGUAAGCGAGCUCGCAAAGGCUCUGCUGGCGCUGGUAACCAGACACUUGAUAAGUUUUUUAUUACCAAUCCUCGUACUCCCGCCGAGGAGGGCGAGGCCUCAACCUCAGCUUCGAAAGAGUCAAGUGAUAAUCUCGAAAGGUUUUCGGGUAAUGACUCGAAUGAUCCGCCCAAAGAUGGGGGAGGAGAUGAGGCAUCUGCCGACCCCUCUUCGGAUGGACGUGGCGGUAAAAACCAAUUAGACCUCACUUUGCCACCAAUCUCAGAUAUCGAUGCCGCAUUCUGGGAUAUGGCAAAAAAGUCAAUCGAGCUCCUUGAUGAGAAGAACGGCCAGAUUAUGCUGCGCGUCGCGACGAUGUGCUCUGGCACCGAAGCGCCUUUGUUCGCGCUUGAAAUGCUUCGGGACUCCUGGGAACGAUUGCAGCCCGGAAGACAGUUUCUUCAAUUCCUGCAUGUCUUCAGUGCCGAGAUUGUCGGUUUCAAGCAAGCGUACAUCAUGCGAAACACCGACGCAACUGUGUUCAAUGACGUACAAGAUUUCGUUAAUCCUACAAAUGGAAAGGCCCCCACGGCGAUGGGAUCCCUUGAAGAAAUCCCUGGCGACAUUGACGUCCUCAUUUCGGGUUGUUCCUGUGUCGAGUUUUCAAAUCUCAAUACCAACAAGAAAACGGGUUACUCAGCAGAAAACCUCAAGGCCGAGCAUAGCUAUAUCGUGAAGCUCGCAAAGGGCGAUGGCUACAAUGACACCGAGCAUGAGCGUAUCAACAAAUUUUUCCUCGGUUGCCUUGAGGCGUUACCUAAUAUGGGAUCAUCCAACAAGACAUUCUUCUCUAUGAUGAGUUACAUCCGAGACCAUCGACCCAAGGUGGUUAUCCUCGAGAAUGUGUUGGGAGCUCCAUGGACUGAGACCCAGAAUGUCUGGUUUCCGUUCCUUGGGUACACUGCCUUUCACGGCAAACUCGACACUAAGGAUUACUAUAUCCCUCAGACGAGAAAUCGGGGGUAUCUUAUCGCACUAGACAAUAAUGUCUUCGCAGAGGGUAAGACGUACCCUAAGAAGGAGCCGAAGAAAGAGUCGAAAAAGGAAGAUGGUCGGAAGCCCCAAAAGACUGGAAAGACCAGUAAGGAGAAGGCCGAGGAGGCCAAGAAUAAGGCCGAAGAGGAGGAAAAAAACAGUACUGAUGCGGAUAAGAUCGGAACUACAUGGUGGGAUUACCUCACGAAUGUACUGCCAAGAAGAGCAUCUAGCCAUGUUGAAUCGUGGCUCUUCCCUCCCGCACACCCUCUGACUGAGCGAGCCCGACAAGAUGACUCGGAGAAGACCUCAUUAAUGAGCAAGGACAGCAGUAAUUGGUCACGCUCGAGGCUCAUCCACGAUCGAGUACGCAGAGAAGAAAACCUGGGUCCUCAUAGCAAUCUGACAGAAUGGCUUAAGAGAAACGGACAACCGUAUGAUCGCAUGGACCGAAGCAUCAUACAAUACCUCCCUGACCGUGUCAAGGAUUGUAUGGAGAUCAAUUUGUUGCGGGCCCUAGUAGGGGGUUAUUGGAUUGACAAAAUACGUUGGGUAUACGAUUCCCGUUUCAAGACUCGUAUCUCCGACCUAAGUCAGAAUAUACAUCGAUCUGUGAAUGGAAGUCCAUUCGGAAUAGUUGGAUGCCUAACGCCGUCUGGCAUACAUUAUAUGUCGGCCCAGUGUCGAAUGAUAUCUGGAUUCGAGACGUUGUGCCUUCAAGGAUUGCCUCUGCAUAAAGUCGAGUUUGCUACAGAGAACCAAGACCAGCUACGCGAUCUAGGCGGAAACGCGAUGACUACCACGGUGGCCGGCGCUGUUUUUUUGGCUUUCAUCUACGCAGUCUCCCAGCUGCCAGGGGGUCUGCAGAAGUAUUUAGGCCGCCCACUCCUACUGAAGAGCAAGCCAGAACCUCGGGUAGCCAAAGACUCUGAGCUAGAGCGAGUGGUGGGGUUUAGCACGACAGACGCUGAGCCUAUCACACUACAAGUCACCAAGGAACUUCUUGCUAAGUGUCGCCGAUAUUGCUUCUGCAAUGGAGCAGCCAAGUAUAGCACCGGUGACUUCGUCAAGUGUGCCCGUUGCUUUACCAUCCGUUGUAGAUGGUGUGCCGGAAACCCGCGGCAUUGCUUCAAGCCGACGCAACGUCCGUGGGAUUACUUAUUGCUCAGUGAAGUGGAACAAGCAGUCAUGCUAUAUUUCCCUGGGACUAUCAGGGACAUGAUAAACGUAAAUUGGCUGCCAACAGCACAAAGGCCUCUUAAGGAGGCAACCAUCGCCGAUGUUCCGGGUGCCCUCGAGAGACUUCGGGAUGUUACUUUCUAUUAUGAAAGUGUCCGAGUCACGGAAGUCGUGACAAUCUGCUACUCUGGCCAAUGGGGAUUUGAUGUCCGAGCAAAAUUAUCGGAAAGCGGUAUCACUUGGUACUUGUACCUGGAUCCAUGGAGUGAAAUAGGAACCGCUCUUAAGAACGUGCUGGAGAGUUUCAACCCCGAGUUAGCUGCGAAGUAUGUUCGGGCGCCACAGCCAAUCGCAACGGCUAAGUUAUUGGAAACUUUUUUGAGUGUGUUGCCAGCACCGCAUGUCUGGAUGCCGUGGAAAUUUAUGUCCAUACGAAUGAGCGUAUUAGUUCUAAAAGACAAGGACACUUUGGAGAUCGCGGACAUACAACCAACGUGCGAAGAUUUCUCCCACUCGCAGUUAGGCCUGAUGCGUGCCCGUGGAAAGUAUCAGCACUUCCCUGACUGCGACGGGCCAGAGAAAAGCCUCCACGCCCAAAAAAAUAAGGCGAUGUUUCUCUUCAAGGACGUCUCACGGACGCUUACACCAGAUCUAGACGGUUUUGUCGUUUCUGAGUCUUGCCGUCAACUAGAAAGCCAUGAAUACCGAGAAGUCGUGAUCAAAUUUAACCCUGGGAACAAUAUGACCAAACAGGAAACUGGCACUGUUGAGGCCUAUGUAGAUGGAUACUGGAGUGAGUCUCACUUUGAAAGUGUCCAUCAUUCUACUAGGAAAGAAUAUGAGAUUUUGCAGGGGAUGGAGAACCUCAAAAUCCUUGGCUCUAAGCAUUCUAUCAUCAAGGACAAGGAACCGGAUCAGCAAGUUCUCGUCGAAGCUCAGAUCGCUAGAGAGAUAGAAUGCGAUACAUACAGAACAAUCGCCAUGUAUCAGGCCAAGUGUAAAGAGGCCAGUGACGGAUGGGCCAUUGUCACAAAGGCUGACUUGCAUCAUCUUCAUGGAUUCAUCUCGCAUCUCGAUGUCAAACUGGCUGGAAUUAAAGGUUUAGAGCUUAGUUUCGAGUUGAAAGACGUUGAGGCCUGGCUGAAGAACCUAGAGGAUUGGAAGAAUGGUAUAGCUGGAGCAAGUCCUCGCGAGUGUCCGUAUGGUCAACUGCCCCCGGUACGAUGGGUCAAAGUUGGCAGCAGAUAUGUCGGCCACCACCUGACAGAUGCGAUGUCAGACUUUGAGAAGCGCUACAAGUCGCGAAUUCCAAUUUUUGAGCCGAGAGUGAAGGUUCUGCCCGACCUAGUCGACAAUGGGAAGAUGUACGUUGUUCGUGUGCAGUAUUUGCUCCGGCACAAGGCCCUAGCACAAAAGGCUGCAUCCUUCCUGCUUCCUACCAAGAACCUCAAUGCUCAAGUAACCGCGGGUGUCCGAGUCGAGCGCAAUGCUGUCUUAUCCCAGAACAUCCAAAUCAAAUCCGACAGUGAUGGUCGACAUAAGUUCGAACCGCUUCGAAAUGCGCUGAAAAGUUUAGAAGAAUUCCCAUCCGCAAAAGAACCUGCUCUAGAUACAUUCAAUGGGGAAUUGAGUAGAUCCCAACUCAAAUCCCUUGCCUGGACUCUUGAGAGAGAGAGAGGUGAUCCGAAAUUCACUGAGCAGGAAAUUGAAGAGGAAAUUGUGUCCGAGCUGAAACUCCGAUUGGUUGGAUGUGCUAAACGUAUCGUGAUCAACCACGGUGGCGUACUUGCGGAUGACGUAGGUUACGGCAAAACCAUUAUCAUGCUAGCAGUAGCGCAUUGCCAAGAGCCGUUCGACAAUUUGCAAUCAUUCCAAGAGCGUAGGGCUGGACAGUCAGGUUGGAACUACUUGAAAGCCACUCUAGUGGUGUGCCCAUCCCAUUUAGUCGAUCAAUGGGCCCAGGAAGCUCUCAGAUUUCUUCCACUGGAGCCGGCUCACGUUGUCAAAAUCGAGUCGGUUUCAGAUCUCCAGGAUGACGCUACUUGGUCUCUUUUAACAAGGCUUCGGGAGGCAAGAAUCAUCCUGGUGAACAAUGAAGUAUUUGGUCAACGAUACCACCAGAGACUUGCUCGUUUAUCCGCUUCGCUUGACCCGCCGGACCUAAUCCCACUUAAAGACGGAGACUCGAUUUACAGUCGUGCUUUUGAAGAUUGGUAUGAGGAUGCUGCUCCCGCGGCCCGAGCUCAUGUGGCCGCUAUGUUCGGUACACCCAACCCUGAUUUAUCGAAGAUCUGGGAUGACAUGGACAGACGUACCAAAGCUCUCAGCGAUGAAUAUAAACUUUAUGCCUCAGACCUAUCUCGCCGAAGGGCGAAGGGGCGCGGUACGAGAGAAGAAAAUGCCGGAAAAGAGGGCGUGGAGAUAAACGUCCAAAUAUCUCACCGGAUCGCCACGUGGCUAGAACUAGAAAGAGAGAUGAACCAAGGCAAAUUCCUUCAUAUUCUCGAGACCUUUACGUUUGCUCGUGCGGUAUACGACGAGUUCUCGUACAAAAACUUUACGGCAACGAAAUUCUUCGCCAACUGUGAAGCGCAUGCCAAAUGGAUUUUAUCGGCAACCCCGACGACGAAAGACCUUGCAGCCGUACAUGAUAUCGCGGGUCUCAUCAACAUUAAUGUCGCACGACCGAUCUACUUGCGUGCGGGGAUGCCAAAAAUCACCAAAGGCCCAGUUCUCGGUGAUCAGACCAACGCCGAGGCUUUGCAAAAUCGCAAGCUUAUGUCUGAUUCGUGCAUUCGCGAGAGGCAUGAAAAGGCGAUAGAGUUCUUACAAACCUUUGCGACCUCUAAUCCCCUAGACCUAGGGCUCGCUGGCGGUAUCUCAGUAGAGGAAAAGGUGAUCGUGUGUGAGCUGAGCCAGCAGGAAUCUAUCCAAUACAUGACCCUCGAGCACGAUCUGCGCGCAUGUGGUUUGGAUGCGAACAUGCUACCCGGGGGGAGCCGCGCUCGUUUUCAAACGCUACUUAAACCCGAAGAAUGGGUUGAAAAUGGAAGGGACGUCAGCAUGACACUAUUUCUUUCUCAAUCUUCCUGUAGUUCGGAUUCGCAGUCGCUCGAAUCACUUCUUCAGGAGCGAUGUGACCAAGUCCAACGAGCUAUCAUCGUUUUCAGAACCUACAACGAUGCAGGAAUUUGGCUGGGGUGGAGAAUUCUCGAUAACGAGGAAGAGUCCACGCAUAGCAACGCUACAACUAUUGUAAAGGAUAUCUCAAUGAUGCUUAGAGAUAUUUGGAACCGGGAUAUCGAAAACUGUGGCGGACUUGAUGCAUGGAGGAAACGCUUCGAAGCGCUUAACGUUGGUGUGUACGAAGAAAAGUUUCAGGAGCUUGUUGCUAAGUGCCCGAACUUCUGCAACGAUGACAAAAAUUUCCUCGGUUUCCUGAACAAGCUGAGACAGUCUUCGUGGAAUGACUAUUUUGAUCUGAAAGCCAAACAGGUUAAGGAUAUGAAAGAUGGAGAAGCCGCUGAUCUCCUAAAAGACCUCUUCAAACCCCAUAGUGGCAUAUCGGCCGAGCCUGACGAGCAACUGACGCCAAACAAGAAUGAGUUGAUAAGACUUAUUGGCGACAACGGAAAAGGUCUAGAGAAAUUUAGACAAAAGAGAACUCAGCCUGCGCGAAGACCAAUUCCAGGUGAAAAGCCUUCGACCAAAAAAACUCACACCAAGGCCGUUCUCCAUAACCUUCUAAGAUCAUUCGGUGUAAUAUCGACCCCGUAUGUUAAGCGCAGUGAGCUGGAGAAACAACUCCACGACCAUUAUGCAGGAACUCUCGACGAUUCAGAAUACGUUGGAAUGAAUGAUUCCCGAGCGAUUACGCGCACCGAAUAUCCGACACUUGGUGGUGAAAAGACAAUCCGAGGAGGCAAAUAUACGAACACUGGCAGUGAGGCUAGUGAUGCUUGCGUGGGAUUGCGAGCAGCGCUCGAACAGCUUGACCUCGCCAUCAAGCAGAAACGGAUUGUAGAGAACCUCGUUUCGAAGGACGAAAAUUUGCGCUGUGAUAGUUGCGGACAACUGAAGCCUAGACUUGAGCUUCACAUAGUCUGUGAGUGUGGACAUGUGAUUUGUGCAGAUCAUCUAGGUUUGACGUACUGCGGUGAAGGCAGUCGUCAUGAUGCAAGUGGUUGCAAAUCGCUCCUCGAAGACGCCACCAAGAGUCUAGCACUUAUCAACAGGCCGCGACGAUUCCUUGACCCUAGGUCCAGCAUGCAACUAGAGUAUCCGAUGCCCGGCAUGAGUUCCAAGUCAGAGAUGAUUGUGAACUACAUCAAAGGGAUACCCCAUGAUGAUAUGGUAAUCCUAUUCGUCCAGUUCGAUCGCCAGAAGGAAGAGUUGAUGAAGGUCUUUAAAAAAACCGGUAUUCAGUUUACUACAGAUCCUAAAGGACCAACCAAGAAGGUCAGAAUCCUGGAUCUCGACCAUUCGACCUCAUCAGGCACGAACCUUCAGUAUGCAAACCAUGUCAUAUUCGCAUGUCCGCAUUUGACAGACCUGCAGGAAACAUAUGACAGCAACAUGAAACAAGCGAAGGGUCGAUGUAUUCGCUACGGCCAGGAGAAGGUAGUCCACGUGUGUCACUUUGUAACAGCCCACACCAUCGAAGUUGACAUUCUGGAACUUCGAAGACAAUCUCACAUCCUAGUGCGUCCCGGAGAGGCUAUUGGUAGGCUCGAGCACGUUCCCUUGGCCAAAGAUAAGAACGUCAACUUGAGAGUCGAAGGUAUGGUAGAGGCCGAUUCUGCAGGCGCUUUGCAGAUGACCAACGGAGAUGCCACGGAUGGGGAACAACGAGUAAGGUCGAUGCUUACGCAGAACGAGAUCUGGAAGGUCAUGAAUGAGCAGAGCUGGCUCAGCACGGUCGGUAUUGAGUAUUAA